AAUAUAUAAUUAUCUAAAAAUUCCAGAUAACAUUUUCUAUGACUAAUCCAGGUCAACAAUGGCCGGCUGCAUUCAACUAUCGUGCCACAUAUCCCCAUUAUAUUAACACAUAACAUACUGUAGAAACCAAGUCUCCGUUUACCAAUUCCGGAGAAAGUGUAUAGAGUUAGUAUACUACUGUUGAUGUUGGUGAGAGAAAUGAAGAUGGUUUCAUCAAUGCUGCAUGUGUUUAGUAGGUCUCUCUUGCUCGUAUUCUUCUUGUUGUUGCUUUCAUGCAACAGCAACAGGGUAUGGGGAUGUCCACCUUCAAUUCCGUGCGGAGAUCUCGGCGAUCUGCGUUUCCCAUUCACCAGCAGACCUCACUCGGAGUGCGGCCUCCUGGUGAUAGAUGGCUGCGAAGAUGAUCCAGGCGCCACUAAAAGCAUUCAGAACAACAACCGUUGGUUCAAUAUUCUCAACGGAAGCCUUACCCAGUCAAACAUCACCGUCAGAGACGACGGUUUAGUGGUUUCACGAUCUUCAAUAACCAUCAGAGACGACAAUCUCUAUACUCUCCUGUCAUCAAGAAGCUGUGAGGUUUUGGGGUAUGACUCUGCCAAAACAUUCAGAAUCGACACACCUUUGGCUUCUUCUCAGGUGAUGUACUCAGCAAGCCUUCUUAAAUGCAACCAUAGCAUCGAUCCAAGGCCUUCGUAUGUUCUUCCAAACUCUACGGUAUGUGGAAUUAGAAACGAUACGUUCUACGGAGUGAGUAACGUAUCCAAAUACAAGGAGAUCGAAGGGUGUUCGUUGAUUGAGCUUCCACUGGGUGGACCAAUUGUGGUCCUCCAAGAUCCCAACACCCUGCUAAGUUCCCUCACCGCUGAUAUUCCAAUCCAAAUAAACCUGUCUCCCAAUUGUUCUCAUUGUAACAUUGUUUAUAGAGGCCUUUGCAAAAUCGACAACUCCGGCAGGUUUUACUGUCACACACCUCGCAAAACUAGGAAGACGAUUACAAUAGCAGGUAAACAAAAAAUUCAUUAUAUUCGUCCUUCUUUUAAGUAUUCCUCCAUUUGAGUUACAAGUUUAGCUAUAGGAGUAAACGACAAAGGCCAAUUCUAUGGUGCCUAAAUUUUGCCUAAUUUACUUUUUGUAGUAAGUUUUGAUUUUUUAAAAUUAUUUAUUAUUAUAUCUUUUAAAUUAAAUAUUAUUUUUUAACCUUUUUUAGUAAAUAGGCACCACUUUUUAGGCACCGUAGCAUUCACCAACGACAAAAACAGAGGAAACUUGUGAAAUGUAUUCUGUAUUCACCGAAAUGACAAGUAUAUAUAGUAAGUCUAUAUAAAGGAAAGUAGUCUUACAUUAUAUAGAAAUUAUAUUAUAUAAACAAUAAUAAAGGAUAGAUACAUAUCGAAAUAAAAUUUUAAAUCAUGUGUUAUUUAGAAUUCUU